AUGCCGCAACUCAAGGGUCGAGCUCUUUUGCUCACCAUCAGUCUUCUCACCUCUCUGGGGUUCAUGUUAAUUGGUUACGACAAUGGUCUCAUGGGAGGACUGGUUGGUGCGCCGGCAUUCAACAAGACGUUUGACCACCCGUCUUCGGACAUGAUCGGAACCAUUGUGGCCAUCUUCGAAAUCGGUUGCUUCGUCGGUGCCAUGGCUACAGCAGUAUUUGGCGAGAAGUUUGGUCGUCGCAAGAGCGUGGCCACGGGCGCUGUCAUCAGCAUACUCGGCGCGAUUCUGCAAGCUACCGCAUACGGCCGAGCGCAUCUCAUUGUCGGCCGGAUUGUCUCUGGAGUCGGUCUGGGUAUAAUCAACUCGACAGUGCCCGUCAUGCAAGCCGAGUUCAGCCCCAAGGCAAGCCGUGGCAUUUUCGUCUGUGCACAGCUCUCGACUUUGAAUUUCGGCAUCUUCCUCGUCUACUGGAUCGACUACGGCUUCGUGAACCACACUGGCAGCUAUGCGUGGCGAAUCCCCACCAUUCUGCAGUGCAUUAUCCUCUUCGCCAUUCUCUUCCUCUUGCUUCUUAUUCCUGAGACGCCCCGAUGGCUCGCAUCGCAUGACCGCCCCGAGGAGUGUUUGAAGGUGUUGGCGCGCGUCGCAGAUUUGCCUGAGGAUGAUGCUGAGAUCCAGAGACUGCACACUGUCAUCACCGAAACCGUCGCAUUUGAGGCAUCGCGACAGGCAGGAUGGGGGGACAUCUUCAAGAGCGACCCUAUCAAGUCGCGAAGACGCUUCUUGAUUGCUUGCGGUAUCCAAAUGUUCCAACAACUUGGUGGCAUCAACGCAAUCAUCUACUAUUCGGGUACUCUCUUCCAAAAGAGCAUUGGAUUCAGCACACACAUGUCUGCCCUGAUGAGCGGCUUCCUUCAGACUUGGUUCUUCGUCGCAUCAUUCAUUCCCUGGUUCCUGAUCGACAGGGUCGGCCGAAGGCCCCUCCUGCUUUCUAUGAUUAGUCUUAUGGCUGCUGUCAUGGCAGUACAGGCUGCUCUCAUCUAUCAGGUCCAGUUCAAGACUGCUUCGUCUCACGGCGCGGGUAUCGCAGCCGCUGCUAUGCUUUUCGUCUUCCAAGGUGCUUUCACCAUUGGUUUCCAAGCCACCGUUUGGGUUUACCCGUCUGAGAUUCUUCCUCUCCGUCUGCGCCAGCGCGGUUCGGCUAUCUCGACGGCAGCCAACUGGAUUUGCAACUACAUCAUUGUACAAAUCACACCCCGUUCUAUCAGCAACAUCGGAUGGCGCACUUACAUUAUUUUUGCCGUGUUGAACGGUUUGUGGGUGCCAAUCAUCUACUUGUUCUUCCCUGAAACCAAGGGCCUGGAGCUGGAAGAUGUCGACCGUCUUUUCUCUGGGGAGAGCCACAGCGAUUUGAUAGACGAAGAGGGAGAUGAGGAGCACGUUCCCAAGGUAAUUGUGGAGCGUCUGGAGAACUCCGGGCAUAAAUAAGCAACUUGGCUGUAGAAAGCAUGGCUUUACGCUUGCUCUACGACAUAUCUCCUAGCAAGUCGAGAUGUGUGAUCAU